UUAUAUGCAAGGUCCACAAUAUGAACCUCAGUGCAGGAGACAAACCUAACCACAGUCUGCAAGACCCUACCGAACUGACAGCAUCAGAGGGAAAUUUCAUCUCCAAAAGUCUGCUCCUCUUCAUUUGUUCCUGGGGACACCUGCAAGGAUUGGUGUGGAGACAGGACACGCACCUAGAAAAACCAGGAACAUUCACCAGUCUGCAUAUCGCCCAACUGGUUAGAGCAGCAGGAGCCAAAAGUGCAGUGGAAUCUUUGUAACCUAGGCUAAAGUAUCUUCCACAAUAUGCUACUGCAAGGUGCCCAGAUGCUGCAGACCCUGGAGAAAUCCCUGAGGAAGAGCCUUCCUGAAUCUUUAAAGGUUUAUGGGACUGUCUUCCACAUGAACCAAGGAAACCCAUUCAAACUAAAGGCUCUAGUGGACAAGUGGCCUGAUUUUACAACAGUGGUUAUCCGCCCUCAGGAGGAGGAGAUGAUAGAUGAUUUUGAUCACUACACCAAUACCUACCAAAUCUACUCCAAAGACCUCAAGAACUGUCAGGAAUUCCUUGGCUCACCAGAAGUCAUCAAUUGGAAACAGCAUUUGCAGAUCCAAAGUUCACAGCCCAGCCUGAAUGAAGUGAUGCAAAAUCUUGCAGCGACUAAAUCCUUCCAAGUCAAGCAAACACAGUGCUUUCUCUUUUUCUUGGCUAAUACAAUAAAGAAACUGGUUCCUUCCCUGCUGGAUGUAAAGAAGUUAGCACCCGGUGGUGGCAAACCGAAGCCCAUCAACCAAGAGAUGUUUAAACUCUCCUCCCUGGAUGUUACCCACGCUACCUUCGUAAAUAAAUUCUGGCAUUUCGGUGGCAAUGAGAGGAGCCAGAGAUUCAUCGAACGCUGCAUCCAAACCUUCCCCACCUUCUGCCUGCUGGGGCCCGAGGGGACCCCUGUGUCCUGGAGCCUGAUGGACCAGACGGGCGAGCUGCGGAUGGCUGGUACCCUGCCUGAAUACCAGGGCCAAGGCCUUGUCUCUCACGUCAUCUAUUCCCAGGUCCAGGCUCUGGAGAAACUCAGCUUCCCCCUGUAUUCUCACACAGACAAGAGUCACAAAAUUAUGCAGAAGAUGUCCUACCGUCUGCAUUUCCUCCGCAUGCCCUGCGACUGGAACCAGUGGCACUGCACGCCUCUGUGAAGCAGCCCUGAACACAAGACAGUGUUAGAUGGGCCUGGGCCUGGAAGGACAAGAGAGAAAGAAUAAACUGUAAUUGUAACCAUCUGUAAAGGAAUGGCACUAUCUGGACCUUGGGGAAGCAGCAUGAUUGGUCAGUCAGACCACUCUGGUCCCUGCACACAAAUCACAGAUGGGCUUCUUUAGAUUUAUCAGUAUUAAGCAGCCCCUUGGUGGCCCCACAUAAUUUAGCCCCCCACACUUCUGGGAUCUUUGUGACACUGAUUCAACAGCUCCAUGUUGCCCCAGAUGGUUUCUCCUGGAAUUCCUAGUACAUGGAGUAGUAGAGCCUUAAUAAAUUUUACAGGGAGGGUAAUAUUUUCUGGGCAUUAUGAUUUAUUCCUCUUCCUUUAUGUGGCCAUUUCCUUAGUGUUCCACAAAUGUAUUCUGCUCAUUAGGCUUAUAAAGAUUAUCUUUUUCUCUGUUAGCUGCCUUAGAGGUACAUUAAACAUAUAUAUAUAUAUAUAUAUAUGAUGUAAGGUUAAGAAAAGUACACAUGAUACAGCAGGUAGAGUUAAUAAGAAAAAGGCAUUUAGCCUGUCCUCUCCUCACUCCCGUAUCUCCCUAAACCCACCUGAAACCCAACCAAUAAAGAGAUUUUGUGUUUCACUGCA